AUGUCAGCCACUACAGUAACGUUACCAUCCAGCCAAAGGGACCUCAGUAUGUCAAAUAAAGAAGCAAUCAAAUUGAGUGCCACUGGUGCAACCACCAAGUUGUCACAACAUGAAAUAAUACCCGCCAAAAGAGAUGUUGGUGCUUUGGCAAACAGAAUCAAUUUAGAAACUAGGUCUUUACAUGACAAAGUUAACAAGAUGGUUUCACUCAAAAUGGCUAUUGCUUUGCGUAACUACAAAGUUUAUCGUCAAGGAUUACAAGCAUUUUACCACAUUUUUGCCAGCAUAGAAAAAGCAUUAAGUUACCAAUUGGAACAGGACUCACAAUGGUCCGAUAUGUUGAGACAAGUCUGGAAACCAGAAUUAGCCAGAACUGCUAAAGCAGAACAAGAUCUUUUAUUCUUUUAUGACGACAACAAGGACAAAUUUGUUAACCCAAGAAUGGCAGAACAAAUUAAAUUUUCCAACCACAUUAUUGAAGCCACUAAAGAAAAACCAUACUUGUUGUUUGCAUACCUUCAUGUCAUGUACUUGGCUUUGUUUGCCGGUGGAAGAUUAAUGGGAUCAUCAUUUGCUAAAGCCACUGGAUUUUACCCUCACAAAGACGGUUUAAAACACGAAGAUAUAAUCAAGAUGGGAUUCAAUUUUUUCAAUUUCGAUGUUAUUGAUGAAGGUUUGCUUAGAAUCAUCUACAAGAGAGAUUAUGAGUUGGUGACGAGGAAUGGAUUGACUGAAGAACAAAAAUUGGAAGUGAUUGAAGAAUCGAAAUAUAUUUUUGAACAGAAUGCUCAAUGUUUAUCGGAAUUGGAAGCUUAUAAUAUGGAGAAGAUACAUGGUACUUGGACUUAUAUGGCCAUAACUAAAGGAUAUUAUGCAGUGAUUGCUAUCAUUGCUAUAUUAGUCUUGUUGUAUUUGCAAAGAUUCGUUAGAAACUUUGUAUAA